AUGGACGAACCUCAGCGACCGCCAACGCCUGAUGACGAAGACAUCAAGCUCAACUUCUUCCCCGACCCCCCGCCUUUCUACAAGCACUUCACCACCGAAAACCUCACGCGACUCAAAGAAAUUGAGAAGGAAGCUGCGCCCGAAGAUGACGAAACGAAAUCACCGCCCUCAUAUCCAUCGACGAAGCUCACCGCAGAGCAAAUCCUCGCCCUACCGACCGAACUUCGCUACCUGAUCCCACCCGAACCGCCCGCCGACGAUGCCGAAUUCCACGUCUUCGGUACAAAAGAAAAGGCAAAGGGCAAAGAUGUCUUCCAGCAGAACAUGGACUUCAUAGCCGAGCAGCUGAAAUGGCAAGACGUCUUCCCAGAUUGGACGUACGAACAACUCUACCCUUCCUCCUCCACCGAGUCCACGACCGACGACCCCUCCGCGCAACCACCUACGGCGAACAACUCCGCGUCUCUCGACCGGCAAAACUACCUCUUCAGGUUUCUGCGCAGCAUACUCAUGAGUUACAUAUCGCUACUGGGCAUCGUGGCCGCGAACCCGACGUCAGAGCAGAAGGAUCAGAAGCUCAAGGAUAUUAUGACGCUGGUUGCGAAUAUACAUGCGCUUAUCAAUGAGUACCGGCCGCAUCAGGCGAGGCAGACGCUCAUUGCGAAGAUGGAGGAGCAGGUGCGCAAGAAGAGGGAGGAGGUCGAGGGUGUGAGGAGGAUGGGGGAGAAGGUCAAGGAGGUGCUUGCUGGGUUUGGUGGGGUUGAUGGAGAAGACAAGUCGGGUUAUGGGGGUGAAGAGACUAUGGAGGAUGAUAUGAGGGCGAGGGAGGAGGACAGAAGGCGGGUGCAGAGGGGCAUGUGGGAGGCUAUUGGUGAGGUCGUAGGAUAA